AUGGGCGCGGGCGCCUCCCUGACCUUUGGCGGCGGGACGCUGAGCGAGCUCGACGCGAAGCAGCAGAUCGGCGUGUGCUACGACCUCGACGCCGAGGCCGUGUUCCACACCUACGCGGUCAGCGACGACGGCGUGCUCGUCGUGCCCUACGAGCGCUGCGCCGCCUUCGCUGCCCAGACGAAGCUUCUGGACGGGCGCGUCCUGUUCUGGAACCUGGCCCAGCUCAAGCGGGCGCGCGCGGGGCUCGAGGAAGCCUACGCGGCCUGCUGCCCGCGGCACCUCUGCGGCGCCGUGGAGGAGACGCGGCCCGCGUCGCCCGCGCGCGACCCGCGGUCGCCGCGGUCGCCGCGGCGCGCGGCCUUCGUCGAUGAAGGCCCGCGCCAGCGCGCGGCGACGGGCGGCGUCGCGACGACCUGGGACCAGGUCGCCUUCGUCGCGGGCUUCGCGCGCGUCGCGCUGGAGGCCAAGGUGUCGCGCGCCUUGACCGCGUGCGGCGUCGACGGCGCGUCGUUCCGCUGCGCGGCGCUCAAGGGCGGCGAGCGCGCGCGGCGCAAGGCGGAAGCGGACUACCGCGGCUGCGUCUGCGACCUCCUCGACGUCGCGCGCGGCGAGGUCGUCUGCGACGACGAGGCGGCCAUGGUCGCGGCCGUCGCGGCGCUCCGCGGCGCCGCGGACGUCGCCGUCGCGCGCGUCAAGAAUUUUUGCGCCCGCCCGCUCUUCAACGGCCACCGCGGCCUGCUCGUCACCGUCGCCGUCGACUGCGACGCGGCCGGGGGCCGGUCCGCGACGCACUACUGCGAGGUCGCCGUCGUCCACCGGGAUCUGAAGGCCGCGGAGCUCCGGCACGGGUCGCGCGCGGCCUACGAGUUCUUCCGCGCCUACUUUCGCGCGCCGCGGGCCGCCGCGGCGCGGCGCCUCGACGCCCUGCUCGCGCUGCCCGUCGAGGCCGCGGGCUCCGUCGGCGACCUCGUCGACCGGUUGCUGGAGGAGGACACGGACGUCGACCGCCUCCGCGACGUCGUCGCGCUGCUCGAGACGCUCGACGAGCUCGCCUGCGCGCUCCGCGUCCGCGAGCGCGUGCUCGAGCUGCUCCGCGCGGGCGGCGGCGACGCGCGGAAGCUCGAGGACGCGGCGCUGGGCAUCGCGGGCGAGCUCGAGAAGCUCGGCUUCGCCUACGCGCUGCGCCGCGCCUACGCGGACGCCGCGCCCUUGGUGGCGCGCGCCGUGGCCAUCAAGGAGGCGCACCGCGGCGCCUUCGACGUCACCGUCGCCGCGCCGGCGCUCCAGCUCAGCGGCAUCCGCUACAAGCAGGGCCGCUACGGCGACAGCGAGGAUUUGGCGCGGCGCGCGCUCCGCAUCUACGAGGACGAGUACGGGUGCGACCACGCCUUCGCGAUCCCCGCGCUCCGGCGCCUCGCGCUCGCGCUCGAGCGCCGCGCGACCUACGCCGAGGCCGCGGACGUCGCCGGCCGCCUCCUGGCGUCCCAGGAGCGGCAGCUCGGCAAAUGGCACCUCGACGUCGCGGCGACGCUCGAGCUGCUCUCGACGCUCGAGGCGACGAUGGGCCGCCACGAGGCCGCGGUGCCGCGCGCGGAGCGCGAGCUCGCGCUGAAAGAGAAGGUCCUCGGCGGGGACCACCCGACGACGGCGGCCUGCCGCCUGCGCGCGGCGACGCUCGCCAUGGCCGCGGGCGGCCGCGACGGCGCCGCGGCGGCGUCGCUGGAGCGGGCCGCGCGCGACCUCGAGGACGGGCUCGGCGCCGGCCACGCGCUCGUCGGCGACGCGCUCGUCGCGCUCGGCGAGCUCCACGAGCGGGCCGCGCGCUGGGCGGACGCCGAGGCGUGCUUCGAGCGCGCGCUCGCCGCGCGCGAGGCGCACUUCGGCCCGGAGUCGCCGCCCGCCGCGGCCCUGCUCGCGUCGCUCGCGGCCGUGCGAUGCCGCCACGACGGCGACCGCCGGCGGGCCGCGCCGCUCUACGAGCGGCUCCUCGCGCUCGGGGAGGCCCGGCUCGGGCCGUCGCACCCGCGGCUCGACGUGCCCCUCAUGAAUUUCGCCGCGGCCUACGAGGACCUGCGGCGCUACGACGACGCGGAGCGGCUCUACCGCCGCGCGCUCGCGCUCCGCGAGGCGCGCGCGGGCGGCGCGCCGUCGCCGGACGUCGCGUCGGCGCUCAACGGCGUCGCGGCGGCGCUCCGAUGCCGGGGGCGCCUCGACGACGCCGAGGCGCUCUUCGCGCGGUCGCUCGCGAUCACGGCCGCCGCGAACGCGGCCGAGGACCCGCCGCCGGGCGCGUCGUCGCCGCGGAGCGCCGUCGCCGCGCCGCUCCGGGGUCUGGCCGCGAAUCUCGCGGACCGGGGCGCCUACGGCGACGCGGAGGCCCUGCUGCGCCGCGCGCUCAAGUUCGACGAGAUGGAGCACGGCGCGGACCACCCGGACACGGUGCCCGCGCUGAGCGCGCUCGUCGACGCGCUCCUGGACCGCGCGCGGUACCGCGACGCCGAGCCCUACGCGCAGCGCAUCCUCGCGAUCCGCGAGCGCCGCGCGCCGGGCUCCCGGGACGUCGCCGUCGCCCUGAACCGCCUCGCCGUCGUCCUCAAGCUCCAGCGCAAGCACGACGCCGCCGACGCGCUCUACGCGCGCUGCUGCGACAUUCUGGAAACCCGCGUCGGCGCGAACAGCCCCGCGUACGCGGCGGCCGUCGCGAACCGCGCGUCGCUCAAGCGCGCGACGGGCGACUUCGACGGCGCGGGCGCCCUCUACGGCGAGGCGCUGCGCAUCUUCGUCGGCGCGCUCGGCGAGGACCACCCGAACGUCGCGGUGACGCGGCGGCACCUCGCGGACAACGCGAAGCUCAGGACGGGCCUCGCGCCGCGCGACGCCGCCGGCGCGUCCCCCCGCGGCGUCGAUCGGACGAGCUCCUAACGCCGGCGGCACGCGUUCUGCCGGUUCGGUUCCGCGGACGCUGAUUCC